UGAGUGUUUAUGUGUCAGCUGUGAAGAAAACUCAGGAGGAUAUUCAGAAUAUGAUGACAAGAGCAGAAGUUAUGUCAUAUAAAGGUGAUCAAGGAGGUCAGCGAGAUGAAGUUAUUGGAGCCCUUCUGCAACUCUAUCAAAAUCUGCAGAACAAAGCCACUGAAUACCAAAUCUUGGGGCACAUGCUGAUCCAGUGGUGCAGAAAUAUUGCUGAGAUUCACCGAUCUUGUGACAAACUGGAGUCACAAUUUGGUAAUGUCAGCCUUGAUAUUGGAGGUAUAGAAGGUCAGCUUUUGGAACAUGAGGCUUCCAAACAAGCUGUUCUGGAAUUGCUCAAAUUUGCUCAAAAUGAAUCAACAAGUAUUGUGACCAAGAUCAAGGAACAGUGUCCCCCGGAUGCUGGAGCACAGGAUAUUGGCAUGAUAAAUGAAAUGUUGGAAAGACGUGGCAGAGUCUUUGAAACUGUAUGGUCCCAUCAUCAACAAAUGCUUGAAAGGCAACUCAAGCGUUCGCAGUAUCAUGUUGAUUUACAGGUUAUCAGCGAUCAGCUUCGUGAUUUAAGUGAACAACUAGGUCGCAUGCGAGGUCAUUAUGGCGAUUCCUUGGGUGCUGCCAAGAACAUGCAGACUGCAUUCACACAGUUUAAGAUCACCGUUGAUAUGCUAGAAAGACGUAUCCAAACAUUUGUAAGCACCGCUGUUAAAAUGCUUGGACAAGAGGAUGAUUCAGGUGAAGUACAACAAGAACUUGCUGAGUUGGAGAAGAAAUGGUCUACCUUCCAGAGGCAGGUUGGGGAGUCAGAGAAGUCUAUUGAACUGUCUAUUGACUUCUUCAAACUUGUUGAGGAGGCCGAAGAUUGGUUUAAGAAUGGAAGUAAACUUCUGGUAACUGUAGCUGGUGAAUCAUCUAACAUCCAAAACCCAGAUCAAGCUCAGAAACUCAGGAAACGUAUUGAGCACUUCCUACAGCCAGGAGAGCAGGCUCAGGCACAGAGAAUUACAAAGAUAUCCUCACUUGCCCUUCAACUGUAUGGUUCAGCUACUCCUAGACAGAUUGAAGUUGUAUCGCACCAGAAUACACACAUGCUUGAAAGCUUUAAUGUUAUCAACCGUAACCUUGAAAUGCUGAUUAUAAACCUGAAAAAUGCAGAAGAUCUUAGAGAAAAGCAGAAGAAGGAAAAGGAAGAACUUGCAGCUUCACUCACAGCUGCACAGGCUGAAGCUGAGGCUGCAAGAUUGAGAGCAGCAGCAGCAGAAGAAGCUAGAAGGGCUGCAGAAGAGGUGGCAAGAACCAUGGCAAUACCUGUAGAGCCUAUUGUUCCAGAAAGGGUUGAGAUUGAGAUCCAGACGGAAGCCAUCCCUCUGUCACCUGAGGAGCCCCAGAAGCCUGAGGAAACACCACCCGCCAAGAAGGCCAAGUUGAUUGACGAUGAGCCACAGCACAUGCCUCCAGUCUUCAUGACACCGCUUGUGGGGGCCUCAGUCUCCGAGGGAGUCAAAUUCUCCUUUGAGUGCAGGGUUAUUGGAUUCCCAAUGCCUGAAGUUGAAUGGCUCAAGGACAACAUGAGUAUCUCUGGAAACCCAGAUUAUAAAACAAGCUUUGAAGAAGGUGUAUGUACCCUUACUAUUGAAGAAACAUUCACUGAGGACUCUGCCCUUUUCACAUGCAAGGCAGUCAAUGCUGCUGGUAUGGCAGAAACAUCUGCAACACUCACAGUUAAGGAAGCAGAGGCAGUGGAGGUGAUGGCACCACCAUUAUUCACAAAGAGACUUGUAGAUACAGCAGCUGAAGAAGGCUCUUCAUAUCAGCUUGAGGCAACAGUAGAAGGUCAUCCACUCCCAGUUGUUUCUUGGUCAAAAGAUGGAAAAUGUGUGGAUGAAUCUCCAGAUUAUGUCAUUACGUUCAACAACGGUGAAUGUAUGCUCAGAUUUGAGGAAGUCUUUGUGGAGGAUCAGGCUGAGUACCAAUGCAAAGCUACCAAUGAUCUGGGUGAAGAUAUUACUAAAGCCAGGCUUACUGUCACAGCGGUGGAACUCUCUGAACGCCCAAAGUUCACAAUGCUUUUGAGCAAUGUGAUGGCAAGGGCUGGACAGAAGUUUAAAUUGGAAUGCCAAGUUACAGGGAACCCAACUCCUACUAUCACCUGGUUCCACAACAAUAAACCAGUCAAGGAAACACCAGACUGUAGGUUGACAUUUGAUGGUCAAACAGCCACUUUAGUGAUGUCUGAAGCCUUCCCUAAGAAUGCUGGCACAUAUACUGUUGUGGCAAAGAACUCUGCUGGAGAAGCUCAGUGUUCAGCAAAUGUGUCUGUAAAGGGUCGCAUUCCAACUGAGACAAGUGACUCUGAGGUGGCAUCAGACAUAGAUGCAGAACCAGUAAAGCCUUCAGUACAACUUCCCUUGAAAGAUACCAGUAUACAAGAAGGGAGGCCAGCCCGUCUUGACUGUGUUAUUGUUGGUCAGCCUGAGCCAGAGGUUAUUUGGUACCAUGAUGACAAGCCAGUUAAGGAGUCCAAUGACUUCAAGUUACUGUUUCAUGGUGAUCGUUGUUCCUUGAUAAUACAAGAAGCAUUCUUGGAGGAUGCUGGCAUAUACAGGGUAGUGGCAAUGAACUCUGCUGGUGAAGCAUCAACUGCAUGUUUUCUAAAUGUAGAACCUGUUCCUGAACUGGCACCUCCAUCUGAACCAGAAGCUCCCACUGUGGCACCACGUUUCUCUCAGCUGUUAACAGACAGUCAUGUCACAGAAGGAAAGCCAAUCACUCUUCGUGCUUCAGUGACUGGCGAGCCUGCUCCUACUAUAGCAUGGUUUAAGGAUGGUGUGCCACUUCUUCCUGAUAAUGAGUUCCAGAUCCAGGAGAAUCCAGAUGGUAGUCUCAUUGUUCACAUUAAUGCUGCAACACUUGACCACACUGGGCAGUACGAAAUAGUUGCAUCCAAUGCAGCAGGGACAGCAAAGUGUGUAGCUUAUCUGAGCAUAGAACCUCGUCUCCCAACACCUCCACUUCCAGAGCACCGGGAACCUCCUGUCUUUUCCAAACUUAUUCAAGAUGUGACAGUGACAUCUGGUAGUGGUGUCAUAUUUGAAGCUGAUGUUACAGGGGUCCCGAAGCCUACGGUGAGUGGUCAGGAAUUUAUCAAAGAUGUUUGUGAUUUCAGGUCAGAAAAUGAUGAUUGUGUCAAUGGGGUACUGAAUGACAGAGUGCAGGCAUGUCACAUAUUUGAAGGCUCGUCUGAAGUUGGAAAUUAUGAAACAUUAAAUAACUUAAAGAUACUAAAGGAUGAUACAACUAGUACAGCUACAAGUAUAAUAGCAAACGGAGGAAGAGAACUGAAUGUUAAUGUACAAGAUAAAGAGUUGGAUUACAUAUCAGAAGAUCUGUCUGAGAUUGGAAGUUCUGAAGCUUCAGAUAUUUAUAAGUUUGACAAGGAUGAUACAAAUCCUACUACAAGUAUCAUGACAAAAGAUGAAUAUAUGAAUAUGAUGUCCAAGUUUUGCAAAUUACAGUGUACUUCAUCAUUUGAAGAAAAUAACAAUGUACCAAAUAUUGAGGAUCAUGAAGACAAUAGCUUACCAAACAUCGAUAGCAGCAGUAGUGAAUCUUUGAAAGAAGCUGAUCAACCAGGUAAUUUCCAUGACUUAAGAAUACUAGACUUUGAAUCAUAUUCACGCUUUAUGAUGGAGAACAUUGUCGUGUAUGGUUCAUUAGAGGAUUCAGAUGCAUGUGGAGAAGGUCAGUCUUAUGACCAGCUGCAGAAAUUUGAUGAUAUAAGUGUUAUGAACUCUGAAGUUUAUUCUAAUUUUCUCAAAUCACAUUUUGUAUCAGAUAAGGAGCAAGGGGAACCACCUGACAAUGUAUGUUUGAAUAGGGAUAGUGAUGAAUUGGAUGGUGAAAUGGAGAUAGAAAGAGAAGAGAAGCCUCAUACAGAUGAAUGUUUGUCUGUAUCUUCUGAUAGUGAGGAAGGCAUCAACCUCCAACCAGCAAAGUUUUUAGAUACUGGCAUAGAGGAAGACAUUCAGCCUGUUAAGCUUGUUGAUCUUUGGGAUCUGAUUAAGGACAGACUGCCAGAUUCUAAAAGUCAGGAAGAUGAUAGUUACCCUAAAAGGCAGAGAACCUUUUCAUUUGAGGAUGAAACUGAGUAUAAUAGAAAGUCAGUUUCUCAGAGUUCUGAUGGAGAAUUGGAAUCAGGGUAUUUCUCUGGUAAUUUUUCUAAUGCUUCAGGCCCCGAGUCACUUGACUCAGGUACAUCAAAAAGGAGCAGUUACUCCUUAUCGUCAGAAGAAACAUCUAAACGAAGCAGCAUUUGCGAAGAUCAAAUUAUUAGUCAUAUUAACCAGAGGAAAGGAGUAGAUGAAGAGACCCCAGCUGAUACCCUAUUCAAAAGUAAAUAUAAAGAAGAUCCAGUCAAGGCUCCAAAUCAAAGUUCAGAGCCAAUGAGACCAUAUUUGAGUACAAGAGAUAGCAGUUUUAUCACAGAAAAAGCAGCACAAACAAGUUCUACAGAUUUUUCAUCAUGCAGACAUAAUUCACGUGAUAAAACAAAGUGGCUGUCAGGUUAUGUGUCAGAUACAGAAUCCUCUUCUGAUUCAGAUAAUCCAAUAUAUGUUUUAUACAGUGAUAAGUAUGAAGAUGCUAAAACAUCAGGUAUUGAUAUAUAUACAGAACUACAGAGUAUAAGAACAUACUAUGGGGUAAUGACACCUAUUGUAGAGGCAGAAGAAGAGAUUCCCCAUGAUGAAAAAUCCAAAACUAUUGACUAUGAUGAGAGAGGAAAGACAGAUACUGAAAAGCUUUUUUCUUCAGAAAUGAAUUCCUUUGAUCAUGAAAGAUGUUGUAGUGGUCUAUCUGUCAUUUCAGAAGAAGGUUCUCUGUCUGAUUAUAGUGAAAUACAGAAACAUUAUACAGUUACAAAAUCAGUAGGUGUAAAUACAAUUUUAACUGCAAGUGAUGUACAAUGGCCUAUUAAAAAUAUUGGAACAAAUCUGGACAACUCUGCUGUGAAAAGUGAUGCAGAGAAACAAGUUGAAAGAAAGGCAAGAAGAGCAGCACGCCUUGCAAAAUUACGAGAACUUACUAAGAUACUAAAAACGCCAUCCAAAAUUUCAGUGUGCAGUAAGCAAAUUGAUACAGAUAGCAAACAAGAUAGAAGUUCACAGUCAUUCUGUUCAAACCCCAAUGCUUAUGAUAAAGUAAGCAUGAAAGAUAUUAAAGUUACAACAGAGUUCCUUAACUGUUCCUUGUUGAAAAGUUUUGAAACACUUCCACAAAAAUCAGAGCCAGAUUCAAAAAUGAAAGGGUAUUCAUCAGAACCAAACAAAGCUUUCAUGUUAAUGAUCAAAACAAAGGAAAGCUUGUCCCAGCUUGAGAUCAAGCGCAUUAUUGUAGAAAAGUUGAGAGCAGUAUUGGAAGCUGGACAGUCACUGAUUAGAGCCUAUGUAUUACCAUUUACGCAUGCUAUUUUCUUGGAUUUUAGCAACCCAUCUGUUAUAGAGCAUGGUUUGGCUCCGUUAACACAAGACAUAUUACCUAAUAUGGUAUUUGAAGUGUGUCUUCAUGCUACUAGAGGUCAGGGAACCAUAUUAGAUGGUGAAUGUACAGAUCCUAAUACACCUGGCAUAAUUCAAGCUGGAUAUUAUUUGAUUUAUGUCUUGUAUUACAAAGAUGAAGAUAGGUGUAUUCAAGCAGGUAUCAUCACUAUUGUUGCCGAAAAUGCUGCAGGAAAAGCAGUAUCUGCAGCAACUCUUAAAAUUCUAGAUCCACCGACAGCAGUAGCGAAACCAGCAGCAAUGGAGCCUCAAGGGAAACCGCAGCAUCAUGUGAAGGAGGAGAGCUACACAUCAUCCACAACAUCAUCCUCAACCAUGUUCCAGCAAUCCAGUAUGGUGGAAACCAGCCACAUAACCAAGGUUAUUAUGACUAGUGGAGGUAUGGAUGAGAAGAAGCAUAGCAUGUCUGCAGCCUCCACUUCACAAGUCAAGAGGGUCUCUGGACAGCCAGCAACAGAGGUUCACAAAGCACAUUUCCAGGAGAUGAGGCAAGAUGGGACUGCACCAGCUGUGGUCAGUGAUAAAGUAAGCAUGGUAAAGGUUGAGGGUGACAAAGUGGUCCAGCAGGUGAGCCAAGAUUCUGGCACUGUUUUUGUCACUCCUCCUCCAAAGAAAUUUGCAACAGGCAAGAGGAAGGCUGCCCCUGCAAGAUUCAUCACACCUCUUCAGGGUAUCAUUGCGAAAGAGGAUGACCGAAUUGUUCUGGAAAGCACAAUUGAUGGUUAUCCAGAGCCAUCUGUAACAUGGACCCAUAACGAUGGCCCUCUCAAGGAUGAUAUUCAAGUUAAGACUCAGUUAAACAAAACAUCACUGACCAUUCCCAGGGUCAACCAAGGACAUAGUGGACAUUACACCUGCUUCAUACAGAAUGAAGGUGGCUCUUCCCAGUGCACCUGUGAUGUUAUAAUCAAGAAGAAACAGUUCCCACCAGUGAUAUCGAAACGGCUGCAACCUGUUGUGGUGGGUGCAAACGAACGACUACACAUGGAGAUCGAUGUGACAGGUACCCCCCUACCUGAAGUUUCGUGGAUGAAGGAUGGUCAACCACUUACUCCUAGUGAUCGCUUAACUCAACGCUCUGAGGGUACUAGACAUCUUCUCAUCAUCCAGGAAGCUCAGUUAGAUGAUUCUGGUCGGUAUGGUGCUAUUGCUACCAACCCAGCUGGUCGAGCAGAGACUUUGGCAGAUGUUAUGGUGACACAGCUGAUCAUGGAUGAGAAACCUCAGACACACAAGAUUGUAUUUACAGAUGUAACUGAUGAAACUAAGAGAAAAAGUGAGUCUAUGGAAGAAGGACAUGUGAAAACAAUAAAGCGAGCAAUAGAGGAAGUAGCAGUUGAGGCACCAUCCCCUACCUCUCCUGUUAAAAUGUUUAAAGCCCCUCCUAAAGCUCCUGUCAAAUCCCCAAUUGUUCCCCCACCAUCUCUCCCAGCACCCCCAGUUCCCUUGCACCAAUCACCGUCUGAGACUGCAAGUGAAACAGAGGAGGAGGUGCGAAGGCCUCCAGGGAAACUGAAGAAGGCAUGGCCACCACUGCCUUCAGAGGAUGAUCUAGAAUAUCCAGCACGGAUGGAUACUGGCGUUGAGAUAGUUAGUAAAAAUGUGUCUUCCCUUAUAUCUUCUUUCUCUGCAAUGGAGACUCAAUCUCCUGCUGUGCCAAGUAAGCCAAAGCCUGCCCCUAAACCUCUUCCAAAACCCAAAGCGCCUGCUGAGCCAGAUAUCUACCUUGAACCUGAACCUGAACCAGUAUAUGGAUAUGUAAGUGAUACAGAAAUGGCUUUCAGUCAAGAAGCAGAGCCAGAAAAAACAAAAGUUAUUCUUCCUGAUGAACCAGUAUUAAUUCCUGAACCAGAACCUAUUUAUGAAGAAGUUGUAAUACAACAUGAACCAGAAGUAGAACCAGAGCCAGAAAUUGAAUAUAGAAUUGAGCAUAUCCAUGAACCAGAGCCAGUGCAACAACAGGAAGAAGCUGUAACUCAUGAACCAGAAGUUACCUUAAUUACAGAAACUUUGCCAGAACCAACACCUAAAGAAGAAGAAAUUAAGCUUGUGUCUCCUGUUCCUGAAAUAAUAUCAGAACCUUCAGUUGUUAUCAGUCUUGAACCGAAACCUGUUGAAGAGUCUACAGAAGAAGUUGAGGUUCCAGAACUUGAACCAAUUGUUUCAGUAGAGGAAAUGAGGAUAUCAAAAUUAAAUCCCAAUGCAGCUGAAUUUGAACCCAGAGUAAUAAGAGAAGUAAAAACAGAAGUAACCUCAAGUGAAUCAAUGUUUUAUGAAACAAAAAAAUCAGUUUCGUCAUCCAGUUAUUCAACAGUUGAAACCAAAGUAUAUACGACUGGAAUAACAAGUCCUCCUCUGGAAGACUCUACAGAAAUAAGCUCAGAUAUCAAAGUACAAGCCACCGUUCCUUCAGAAUCUGUAGUUGAAAAACCCAUUACUCCAGAGUCCUUGGUUCAAGAACCUGUUCUGGAUCAAGAGUAUCAACAGCCAGCAGUAGCUGAAGUAAUUCCAGAGCUGGAAGAUAAAGAACCCUUUGUACCUGAACCUGUGGUUUCAGAGACAUAUGAUACUCCACCUGAACCAAUAGUUCAUGAGGUGGAAGUUCCAGAGUCAGAAAUUGCAGAGCCAGUGAUUCAGGAAUUGGAACCAGAUCAUGUGAUUCAAAGUUCAUUUAUAGAACCAGUUGUACCAGAGCCUCAGAAACCAGUUGCCUCAGAGCCUCAGGAAUUUGUAUUAUAGCCAGUAGUUUCCAAUGUAAUGCCUGAACCUACUGUUUCUGAGGCAGUCAUAGAAGUACAGCAAGGUGAGGAUACAGUUGAGUAUUUUCUCCCAGAAAGUGAACAGGUAAUUGAAUUUGUAGCAUCCCCAUUACCUGCUCCUAAGGCACCUAGUCCAGAGCCUGAACCAAUUCAAAUGGAUACUAAACCGUCAUUACCUGAAGUGAUUGCUGAGCCUGUAAAAGAAGCUCCAGCUAAGUCAUGGCAAUCAAAAAUUGAAUCUGGUACAUAUGAAAGUAAGGUGCAAUCAGAUUUUAGUUCAAUUUCUUUCUCUUCAAUGGCUUCUGAGACAAAGACCAUGUUUGUUACAUCAUCAGAUGUGCAGACUAGGAUGUUUUCUCAGAUGCCUCUUCAACCACAACCAAAAGAACCUAAGAAACCACUUACUCCUCUCAUAAUGCCUGAAAGAAAGUCAAGUGUAGAGGAAACAGUAAAGCCCCCAAAAGCCCCUGAACGUGAUGAUAUGAAGGAGCAAAAGAAACCCAAAAAGAAACGAGAAUCAGUUAUUCAGAUUGCAAAGAGAUUGGAAGAAACAAUUGUACCAAUGUCUCCUGAUGAAGUACCAGGUGGUAUUCGCAUGUUCCCUAGUCCCAAGCAGCCAUCAACUCCUGUCCGUGAGACACCAACACCAACACGAGAAACAUCAUCUGCUAGGGCAACCCCCACCAUUGAAGAGAUAAUGACUAUUGAAUUUAAACCAGAGAAAUUCCCACAACUUGAACCAUUGCCUUUCCAACCCCAAGAACCAGCUAGGAGAGAAAGACCAAGGAGUUUGCCACCACCCAUUCCUAGAAAAUUUAUUCCUGGUACUUUUACAGACAGUGACUAUAGUGAAUAUGAAAGUGACAUGGAAAGUGAACACCGCCUAAAUUUAAAGAAAAUUAAAUUUGAUGCUUCAGGGAAACAGGUUGCCAGGCCUCAUUCAGUUGGUCGUGACCCUCUUCCACCUUGGGCUUUUGAUACUCCCCCAGUGUUUGAAGGUGGCAUGAGGCCUGAAGUACUUAAAAAAGAGGAAGAAAUUGUCAAGACGAAAAAAUCUGUUACUCCAAAAAUAAAGCCCAAGAUAGUAGAAAAGUUCUUUGCAGCCACUGGAGCUGAAGAGGAGAAAGAGAUAAUAAAACCAGUGCCAAGAAAGCUAAAGAAGGAAACUAUUCCUCCUCCAAAAAUAGUACCUGUCGAAAAGACAGAUCAAAAAGUAAAACAGAUAAAACCAAUAGUUAUACCUGAACCAAAGCUUGAAAAACCUAAGAUAGAGAAACCUGUGCCACCAAUCCCUGAACCAACAAAGAAAGUGGAGGAAAAGAUUGCAGAACCACAAGAAAAGUUAAUGAAGCAAUGGCCUCCUAAACCUGAAGAAGGGGAACCAGCAUAUCAGGAAUCUCAAGUGGGAGGCAGAUCUGUGAAAAGUAUGAUAUCUUCUUUCUCAGAAAUUAGUUCUCAGGAAACUUCCAUGUCUUUCCAGAAACGGGAAACCAAAGUUAUGAAACAGGAGACUAAAGUUUCUACACAGUCUUACACACCUGAAACUAAACCUGCUCCAGUUCUAGUUCCAACAGUAGAACCUACUUUUAUUUCAAAACCAGAAGCACCAUCAGCUUAUAUUCUAGAACCAGAACCUCCUCCAGUAUAUGUUACACCUGAACCUGCUCCUGUGUAUGUUGAACCUGAGCCUGCUCCUGUAUAUGUUGAACCUACACCUGAGCCUGCUCCAGUGUAUGUUGAACCUGAGCCUGCUCCUGUAUAUGUUGAACCUACACCUGAGCCUGCUCCAGUGUAUGUUGAACCUGAGCCUGCUCCUAUAUAUGUUGAACCAACACCUGAGCCUGCUCCUGUGUAUAUUGAACCUACACCUGAGCCUGCUCCUGUGUAUAUUGAACCUGAACCUGCACCUGUGUAUGUUGAACCUACACCAGAGCCUCCUCCAGUGUAUGUUGAACCUAAACCUGAGCCUGCUCUAGCAUAUGUUGAACCAAAACCAUUACCUCUGCCAGUUCCUGAGCCAAAAGCAGAUUCACAUCCAGAACCAAUUCCUAUCAUAUCCCCAGAACCUGCUCCUGUCAUGUCUCCAGAACCUGCUCCUAUCAUAUCUCCAGAACCCACUCCAGAUGUGGCUUUACCUGGUUUCCGCUCAGUACGUGCACCAACACCAAAGCGUGGUCAAACUCCAGCAAAAACAGCACCAGCUCCACCACCUCCAUUUGAUUUAGUAAUAUCCCCAGAACCUGUGGCAAAGCCAACACCUAUUACAACACCAAAACCUGCACCUGUUACCCCAUCAAAGCCAGCACCUGUAACCACACCAAAGCCAGCACCUGUUCCUACACCAAAGCCAGCACCUCUUCCUACACCAAAGCCAGCACCUGUUACCAUACCAAAGCCAGCACCUUUGCCAACAGUAUCACCUGUUCCCAAAACACCACCAAAACCAGUACAAGAACCUGUAAAGAAGACUGUUGUUAAGACAGAAGUCAAAUCCUCCAUUAAAGAGAAAAUGAUCAGAUCCACAACUGGAAAGACAAAUGAGAAAUGGCCUCCUAAAGUGCAAGAAGUAGAUGUGCCAAAGGCAAUACCAUUACUUAGAACACGUUCUCAUUCUUUAGAAAGACCACCUGUGACUGAGCCUCAAGUUUUACCUGCAAGACCACAUGAAGCUCCACCAUCUGUGUAUUGGUCAAGCAACAUCACUGUUAAAGAAAAGAGGUUGUCAUGGCCACCACAACCAAUGCCACAGACCCAAACUAUCAGCACCUCAUCAGUAAGCGAAUCUACAAGUAGAACAACUCGGGAAGAGAUCACCCAGACAUCCCAACAGAUUUCAAAAACAACUCUGGAAAAGAAAGAUACAGUGCCAGGCCCAACACCUCUUAUAAUAACACCUAUGCAGCCUGUGGUCCAAACAAAGCCAGUAACCAUUGCACCUAAACAAGGCCUUGUUCUCCCUUCAGAUUCAAAGAAGAAACAACUAACAAAGGAUAUUACUAUAAAAUCUAAAGUUCCUACAAGAGAAGGUUCUGUCACCUCACCUAUUAUCCAGCUUCCUCCUUUGGAACCCUUCCCAUUCAGUGUAGAUCCUGAAAGGGAAAAGAAACCAAGGGGAAGAGCUCCAUCUAUGCCUAGGAAGUUUGUUCCAGGCUCAUUCACAGAAAGUGAAUAUGAAAGUGAUUAUGAGUCUGUACCAGGAUCCUUAUCAAGGCUAUACAUGAGUGACAGUGAAGCUGUGGGAUAUAAACCUAUGAACAUUAAAAUGAAGAAAGGAAGGUCCAAGAAAUCAAAGCAGCCUUCCCCUCCACCUCCUUCUGCUUUUGGUCCCCCACCAUCGCUUGAUACCCUUCCUCCUCCUGGAUACCUUUUCUCAGAUGUUGAAUCUGAUAUUCCAACUUCAAAGGAAUCAACGCCAGUACCAGAGACUGGUAGAAUCCAAAGUAAGCAUAUAGUGCAGACUGUUAAACUGCUUGCAUCACAGAUAACACCAGAGCAGAAAUCAAUGCAAACAGUAGCUCCAAAGCCAGUUAAACCAAAGACUCCAAUUGUACUUCCUAAAGUAGCACCAGCCCAGAACAUUGUUCCACAAGUUGGGCCUAAAGUAUCAGUAGUGGCACCCAAAACAGUUACUGUGGCUACAUCACAAACAAUCAAACAAGCAGAACAGACUCACAUUCAGAAAACACAGGUACAGGAGCCUGUAGCAGAAAAUAUUGGUGUUGUAGGUAUGAGAAAGAAAUUUGAAGAAGCUGGUGGUUCAUCUCCUACACCAAAAAGUGGUACACCACUAAGUCGUCAUUCAAGAAUACAGUCUCCAUCACCUAUACGUGGUGGUCCAUUAAGUGAAACCCCUGUUCUAACCUCUGACUAUAUUGAGCAUGUUGAUAAGCCAACACAGCCAACUUCUGAAAGAGUAGUUCCCAUAUCACAAGAAAGCAGUGGGACUGAAAAAACAUCUUCAACACAGGGUACCGUGAAGACAAAACCAGCAUCGCCCAAGUCUCGUAAAAAGACAGAAACUGUUCAGAAGAGUGUGCAGGAGUUAGAAGAGAGUGGCUAUGCAGCAGAUACAGAAGGCACCUUGCCACGUCGUCAUGGAAAGACUGUACAAUCAAGUUCAUCAAGCUUUAGUUCUAGUUCAUUUUCCAAAAGUGAAUCAUUCAUGUCAUCAUCCUUUUCAAAGAGUGAAAGCAAAAGUUUCUCCAGCUCUGAGUUCAGUGGCCAACCCACUUCAACCUCAUUCCCCCCUGGUUUCCCUUCUGGUGGUGCCCCAGGUACAUUUCCCUUUCCCUCAACUCCUGCCUCUUCAGUAGGUCAGACCUCGCACUUCUCCAGUACAUUCAAGUCAUCUGAAAGUAAAUCUUCCCAGGUUAAAAAACUAUGGUCAUUUCCCAAGCUAAACUGCAAUUGAUGCAAAAAAACGUGAGAUUUUAAAUGUUUACUAGCAGGUCAGAAGAGGUCCGUGAGGAAAGGCGUGGAGGAGCCCAAGGUACUAAGCCCACUCCAGAAACUAAACCAGCAAAAGAAGAAAAGAAACCAAAAUAUGAAGAGUUCAGAAGAGAAACUCACGGACAC